AUGGAGGUUAGUGAGGUUAUUGAUUGGUGCAGAGAGAAAGGUGUUGAGUUGGACAGGGUUAUCAUUCUGAGCAAUGUACCUGCAGAUUGUGAAGACAGAGUAGUUUAUGAAGUGCUGGAUGCUGCUCUGGGAAUGAGGAAAUGCAAAGUACUUGAUCGCCUCUUUGAUAAGACUAAGCGACAGCAGUUUCUUCUGAUUGAGACAGUUAGCAAUGUUUCAGAGAUGUCUAUACCUGCAGAGCUCGGAGGACCUGAAGUAGGUACCUGGUACACGCAGGUUGUGCAUGUUGCAGCUGAGGCACCUAAACAUAGUAGGGAAGAUGAGUUUCAGACUAAGCUGAUGUCUUUUCUUCAAACAGAGGGAAAGUCGCUAUCUGACAUUCCAAGUUUGGCUUCCUCUACCCCUGUGCUUGACACUAAACUGGUUGAUGCCAUAAAUUCCCUUGUUCAAACCUGUCAUGUGGCUUCAUCUGAGGAGAGAGUUGGAUAUAGGAAGCUGCGUCCGUUCUCUGGGUUCAUUCCCACUCCCCAUGGAGAGGAUGAGUAUGAGGUAUGGGUGGAGCAGACUACUCACAUUCUGGAAGAGUGGCAGUGUUCGGAUAAUGUCAAAAAGCAGAGACUAGUAGAGUGUCUCAGAGGUCCUGCAGCGGACAUUGUAAGGUUCGAAAAGACCGGUAAUCCAUCUGCUGCUUUCAGUGACUACCUGAGUGCGUUAGAGUCAGCGUUUGGCACCACGGAGGAUGCUGCAGAUUUGAUGCUAAAAUUUAGGAGCACUUAUCAGAGUGAGGGAGAGAAGCUCUCAGCCUACAUAAUGAGAUUGGAUAGGAUGCUGCACAGUAUGCUGAGGAAAAGAGGCAUUGAGUACCCUGCAAUGAAUCGUCUUCGAAUGCAGCAAAUAGUUAGAGGUGCUCUUUCAAGUGACCUAGUGGCAAUGCGCUUGAGGAUGACACAUAAGCUGUGUGCUCCUCCUCCUUUCAAUGAGCUGAUGAAAGAGGUGCGAGAAGAAGAGAGUAUGUUGAGACAAAGGAGCUCAGUGCAUGCAAAUGUUGCUGUGUCUGGGGUGCCCCCGGCAAAGAAUGAGUCAUCUGGUAACACCAAUCUGGCCAAUCCAGAAAUAGAAAUGCUGAAGAGGGAGAUUAGGGGGCUAAAGAACGAGGUGUCUCGCUUGUCAGCCGUGGCGAAAGAACCAGUGACUUACGACCGUUCCGUUACACACAGUUUAGCUGCGAUUGCAGAAAGCAAAACACCAACCCGACCAGUGAACAAGGCUAACAUCUUCUGCUACAGAUGUGGAGAAGAUGGGCAUCUGAAACGUGAUUGUACCAAGGAAGAGAAUCUCAGGAGAGUAAACCAGCGGCUCAUCAAAAUGAGACAGCCAUCGGGAAAUGCCUCCGGGGCUCAGUAG